AUGAGGUCGAGGUUCUUUGUACGGAGGUGGUGCCAAGAUGUUGUUAUCGCUAGGUGGAAUCAAGCCCUGCACGGCAAUUCAGUGUGCGGCACAGCCCUGAGGCAAGUUGUUCCGACAGUAAAAGAGAACAAAAGAAGACCAUCAGUUCCUCGAAGGCCGAAUAAUAAUACCGCUCGUGACGGAGAUUUGGGGGUUUCGCAGCUCGCACAAUCACACGCACCAGAAGCUUCGCACAUUAGCCUCAAUUCCAACACACAGAAAUACUAG